UAAAAAUGGCAAAAACUAAGGCUUCCUCAAAAAAGCAGCAAAAGCGUGGUGUCGAUUUCAAGAAAAUUAAGCGGAAGCUUGGUAGGAAAUUGCCACCGCCUAAGAAUGCUACAAACACUGAAAUUAAAUCCAAAGCAAUUAUUAUUCCUGAGCAAAGUGUGGCAUCAGACAAAAUGAGUUUAGCUGUGAGCAAGAAAGGCUUGACUUUGAAAGAGCUUCUUCAACGAACUUCCCAUCGCAAUGCAAAAGUUCGUAAAGAUGCAUUGAUGGGUAUGAAGGAUUUAUUCCUUAUGUAUCCGGAAGGGCUGAAAUUGAACACGCAUGAAGUUAUACAAAAACUAUGUGGACGUUUUGGAGAUGAGGAUAAAAUGGUUCGAGAAACCCUUUAUCAACUUCUCAAAUCAGUAAUUUUUCCUACCUGCAACGAGGAUAUGCCUUUCAUUUAUUUAAUGAUGGGAUACAUUUUUGUCGCAAUGGCAAAUUUAGCAAUUGAAGUUCGGCUUAUGGCUUUCAAGUUUUUUGAUCUCAUUGUACAGCAUUAUCCAGCUGCGUUUUCCUUGCAUGGUGAAAAGGUUCUUCAAAAUUAUGCGGAUAUUCUGCGGAAGAACCAGUUCUGUUUAGAAGACAAGGGCAGGCUCAAGAAUGUGCUUGCUGGUUUGUUGCGCUGCUUGUCACUGUUGCCAUCUAAAAAAGUAGAAGUUGACACAUUCAAGAAGGAUCUCCCAAAAAUUAAUUGCAAAGAAGUCCCUAGGCGCGCGUUGCAUGCUUAUGAGCCUACGAGGCCUACAGAUUAUGCUGAUGUAUCUGUCAUCAUCAGUAAACUAAAGGAUUUAUUUCCAGUUUUAGUCAAUUGCUUCCAAGACCUCAUUCCAUUAAUUCAUAGUACGCCACAAUUGGAUGCACAAACAUUUGAUUUCUUACAUAACAUACUUCAGAGCAUCAACCUUAUAGGCAGAUUUUUCGUUUAUGCGACUGACAAGGGUUAUUCAGAAUCAUAUGCAUCUAUGUCGGAUCAAGGCAUCUCAUCGGUGCUACUGAAGAAGUUCCUAGGUGUAUUUCCGUUCAAUGCAGUGCAUUCAGAAAAGGAUGAUGACCGAUAUUUUUCCCUGAAUGUUGUGAUUGCUGAAAUAUUUUUGCACUUAGAUGAAUGGAUCCGCCCUCCUGCUGAGUUACUAGAGAAAUUUCUUGCAUUCAUGGAGCAUGCACUGCUUGAAAAGAUCCACGGUGAAACAAGGUCUGGCAGAGAAAAGCAGAUGCUUACACUGGUUCAUUUUAUGCCAAAACUUGUAGCACAAGUGAUAGGCGACUGGAAGUCUCGCCUUCUACAGGCAUUUACAAAGACAUUCCUUGAUUGCAAACCAGAGUCUUCAGUAAAAUUGGCUUGCCUUGCCGCAAUUGAAGAAAUGCUUUUUUCUAGAAAAGGAAUGUGGCAACCAGAUGGAUAUGAUCCAGAAGUAGUGGGCCCUCUUAUUACUUGGAUAAGAGAGCUACCUGUGUUGUUAAUCCUGCUCGGUGAUAGGCAUCCAUCCUCUUCUGAGGCUGUGUUGCAUCUUCUGCUUGACCUGGGUCGAUUUGCUUCACCGGGUUCUUUCCUUGCAAAGGAAUAUGACGAGGUGCAAAAGUCGCUACAAGAAUUUUACUGCACGUAUGAAGAAGGUUACUACUGAUUGAUUAACAAUUUCAUGCUGGUUAC